AAAAAUCACACGUUAUUUUAGGUUAUAUACAAUGUAUUUUAAGUAAGGUUGUUGUUAUGUUGACGUAUACAAAUUGAUCUCAUAUCUUAUCACUGCAAAAAUUUAAAUUUCUGAUAACAAUGCUCAACUUACUAUAUAAGUCUAGUUACGUAUUCGUCCUAUUCUAUUAUGCAGUCAUACCGCUCGGUUAUUUAACGAAGUGGUGGGUUACAGUUGAAAAAAUGAAGGGUAACAGCACAAUUUUGGUGACUGGUGGUGCUGGAUACGUAGGAUCUCACACAGUUGUUGAACUACUAAAAAAUAAUUAUACCGUGAUAGCAUUAGAUAAUUUAGUUAAUUGCUAUGCUAUUGGAUCAGAGAAGCCAGAAGCUUUGAAAAGGGUUGAAAAAAUAACUGGGGAGACUGUUACAUUUUAUAAUGUAGAUAUCAAAGACAGAGAAGCUUUGGAUAAAAUUUUUAAAGCUCAUAGAAUCGACGCGGUAAUACAUUUUGCUGCCUUGAAGGCAGUUGGAGAGUCCGUUAGUAUACCUUUAAAAUAUUACCACAACAAUGUUGGUGGAUCCGCUACACUUUUUGAGGUUAUGGCUGCUAAUGGUGUCAAAAAGGUCGUUUUUUCAUCGUCAGCUACUGUUUAUGGUGACCCACAAUUCUUGCCUAUUACUGAAAGCCAUCCAACUGGACAAGGGUGUACCAACCCUUACGGAAAAUCAAAAUAUUUCGUUGAAGAGGUAUUGAAGGAUGUAUGCACAUCAGAUCCGGAAUGGAAAGUAAUUUUGUUAAGAUAUUUCAAUCCUGUUGGUGCUCACGAAUCUGGACUUAUUGGAGAAGAUCCAUCUGGAAUUCCUAACAAUCUUAUGCCUUAUAUUGCCCAGGUAGCCGUAGGUCGUCGUGAAAAACUUCAAGUAUUCGGCAACGACUAUCAAACACCAGACGGUACAGGAGUCAGAGACUACAUCCACAUAACCGAUCUCGCCAUUGGCCAUCUGAAAGCGCUAAAUCACAUAUAUUCUUCUAGCUUUAAAUCAUGGAAAGCCUACAAUCUCGGAACAGGUCGAGGUUACUCUGUCCUUGAAAUGAUCAAGGCAUUCGCUGAAGCAUCAGGAAAACAAAUCAAAUAUGAUAUCGUAGAAAGAAGAGGCGGAGAUAUAGCUGAGUGCUACGCUGAUGCCACUCUGGCUAAAAUCGAACUAGGGUGGCAGGCCACCAGGGACGUUAUGGCAAUGUGCAGGGAUACGUGGAAUUGGCAAAAGAAAAAUCCCAAAGGGUUUCAAACUUCUUCUUGAAAAUUGAUGUUUUUCGUUGUGAAGCGUAGAAAAGAUACUGCGGAGUUGUAGCCUUUACGAAAUACAUAACUGAAAGUCGAAAAAUUACCAUGAUAAUAAAAAAUGUUCUCGCUAUAAUGUACUAGGUUCGUUCAUAUGGAUGUUAAAUUAACACUUGUAACACAGUAAGUCGAAACUAAACACUUCUUUUCUGAGAAACGCAGUGAUUAAAUACAUUCAAUGAGUAUGUAUUAUAUUUUUAUCGCCUUUUGUAGUAUAACUAAAUGGAAAAUGGAGUACAUAUAAUAAAUAGUGUACAAUAUAGCGAAGAAAUUCCAGACAUCAUUUAUCUUUGCCUUCAUAGAUCGUAUCCAGCUGUACUACUACUAUCGUUGUGUACGCGUGCGAUCUUGACAUAUAGUCGCUUUAAGGUGGUGGUACUCAUAGUCAACACAUUUCCAAUUUGGAACUAAAAUAUAUUCGCAUAUCCUCUAAAAAAAAUGCCACAUCUAGUACUGUAAGUAACUCAAAUGUUAUAAUAAAAUCUCUAAGUCUAACUUGUUCAGUUCUGAAAAAUCGUGCACUCUUAAGUUUAACAAAUUAUCUUCACAAUUUCAGGUCCAACUUAUUUUUAUCAGCAAAAAACGUGCAUUGCUUCAUGGUAGCUAAUUUUGGUCUAGUAGCUAAUUUUGGUUUUGGUCUAGGGAACUAGAUGUUGUAUAAUUUUACUUUUAUUGAGUGUCCAUUACAAUGGACAAUGGGAAAAAGUCUAGUUUAACAUCCGUAUGAAUCUAGUCUUAAGCGUAAUUAAAUUGAUAUCGAAGGUUAUUGAAAACGGAAUCAGUAGCACAAUUGUAAGGCAACGCAGGUUUUUUUUUUAACAGCAAUUUCAUUUCAAAUAACUCAGAGAACAAUUAUAAUUCUUUCCAUUAUUAGAAAAAUUAUAUAAAAUUUUUUAAUAUACAGCAGAUGUCGGUUAUGUUAAGGUUUUGCCUCGCAAAACACGUAAACACAGAAAUAACAUUUUGUUUACUAAAUGUUGUAUAAUUUUCGUUUUAUAUGAGUGUCCAUUACAAUGGACAAUGAGAAAAAGUCUAGUUUAACAUCCUUAUGAAUCUAGUCUUAAGCGUAAUUAAAUUGAUAUCGAAGGUUAUUGAAAACGGAAUCAGUAGCACAAUUAUAAGGCAACGCAGAUGAUUUUUUUGAGCAGCAAUUUCAUUUCAACUAACAGAGAACAAUGGUAAAUCUUUCCAUUAUUAGAAAAAUUAUAUAAUUUUUUUUAAUAUACAGCAAAUUCCGGUUAUGUUAAAAUUUUGCCUCGCAAAACACGUAAACACAGAAAUAACAUUUUGUUUACUAAAUGUUGUAUAAUUUUCGUUUUAUAUGAGUGUCCAUUACAAUGGACAAUGGGAAAGAGUCUAGUUUAACAUCCGUAUGAAUCUAGUCUUAAGCGUAAUUAAAUUGAUAUCGAAGGUUAUUGAAAACGGAAUCUGUAGCACAAUUAUAAGGCAGCGCAGAUUAUUUUUUUGAGCAGCAAUUUCAUUUCAAGUAACUCAGAGAACAAUUAUAAUUCUUUCCAUUAUUAGAAAAAUUAUAUAAUUUUUUUUAAUAUAGAGCAAAUGCCAAUUAUUUUGAGGUUUUGCCUCGCAGGUUUUAAGAGCAACCAUUUUUAAGGCAUUGGUUAAGUAAAUCGAGACAAAAAAAAACAGUACCAGGUGCACGUUAAUCUGAACAUAAUUUUAAACUUCAUAGAUGAUAAACAUAAAGGUUAAUUAACCAAAGAAAGCAACAAUAUUACACCUUACUGUUAUGAAAACUUUUACGCACGUUUUUCUUGUUAAGAUGAAUAUAAAGGAGAAAUGUAUUUGAUCAGUGCGUCCUCCCAGUCUUGACGUACGGAUCAGAAACACUUACCUUAACUAAAGCCUCGACUACCAAACUAAGAGUCACGCAGAGAAAAAUGGAGCGGUCAAUGUUAGGAAUAACUCUGCGAGACAAAAUCAGAAACGAAGAAAUCAGGAGAAGAACAAAGGUGACUGACGUCAUCGAAAGGAUAGCCAGGUUGAAGUGGAGAUGGGCAGGACACAUAGCCAGAAUGACAGAUGGUCGAUGGACAAAGAGAUUAUUAGAAUGGAGUCCAAGAGAAGACAAAGAGAAGCGUCGGUCGACCGCCUACAAGAUGGACUGACGACUUUAGAAAGCUAAAUAAAAACUGGAUGAGAGCGGCGCAGGAUAGAUGGGGUUGGAAACGAGGGGAGGAGGCAGGAGGCCUAUGUUCAGCAGUGGACUUUUGAGGCUGGAUGAAGAAAGGAGAAGCUUAUCAGUUCUUUUGUUGAUUGAGAUGUUUGACUUUCUUGACUGGGUUUAUUUACUGAGGCGAAUACGCUUCUAAAUCAGUUAUUUAGUAUUCAUCAACACAAAACUGUUACAAUGCUAACACUACUCGCCCCAGAAUGAUUUAUUUGGUGUCGAGUUGCCAGAUGCGAUUUUCUAAAUCCCCCACUUUUAAACUAAAAUUCCCCAAAUUUAAAUUUUUGCCACAUUUUAAUAGCUUUAUUCGCGGAGACAGUCCAUGACUGGUUUCUGACUGAUACGCAUGCGCAGUUCCGUUUUCAAGCGCUUAAAAACGGAAUUGCGCAUGCGAAUCAGUCAAAAACCAGUCGUGGACUGUCUCCCCAAACAAAGCUAAUUAAUUAGUAGCAGUAGUACUACGAGCAUGUACUACACGGUAGUACCCAAAUGCAGAGAACAGAAAACCAAAAUUAUACUACUUAUCAACAGAGGGCGCUGAAAUAAUUCAUAGGUUUUAUCGUCUUCGAUUAUAUGACAGUAGAAUAUACAGUUCUUUUCUUCUUUCUAUGUAUAUUCACAAAUUUAAUUUACCAUGACCGUUAAAAUUCUCCAUAAUUCUUCCCCCAAAAAAUCCCUCAAACAUUUUUGCUUAUAAAAAUUCCCCCAGACGCAUUCAAAUUACCCCAAAAAUGGGGGGAAAUACCCUAAUCUGGCAACUCAUGUCCAACUUCCAAUCGUAUGACUGGUGGGAGAAGUCUGGUGACUAUAGACAAAAGUACGUCAUUUGCGCAACCUCAUUAUAGUCGGCAUUUGCAGUUACCUUCUGUGAUAUAUUUUCAGUUAUGUAUUUCUAGAAGUACAUUAUAUGUGUCAUUUCUACGUCACAACAUUUGAAAAAUUACUACUUAAGCAUUAUCUACUUUAUACAAAUAUAAAUUAUAUGUUAUACAAAAUAGGAAUGUGAUAUACGUUUAUUUAAAUUUACUGUUUAGUUUUGCAGAGUAUUAGACCAUGUCUCAUGAGUAAUUGCUUGAUGUGUUAGAAACGGUUAUUAUAACAUUUAAUUUAAAGGCACUUAUCAAAAGUAAUUGCCUCUAUUGUUUAUUUCAAACUAGUGGCCUUUUGAGCGAUAUUAGGUUCAUAUUAAGUGGUUCAAAAAUUCUUGGAUGCUCGUGAAGGUCAUCCAGUAUCCGGUAUUUCAAAGAAGCACGUGGAGAAAAUUGCAAAUAGAAUGAUAUUCCGUUCUAUUGGCAAUUUAUCUACAUAUACUCCUUUUGAAAUACCGCAGAUUUUUAUUUUCUCUAUAACUAAAUUAUUGUCCUUCUCAUCAUUCAUGUUAAGGCAAAAAAGAACUACCCCUCUUUGUUUAGCCAAUUUUAACCAACAUAUUUUUCAGUCUUUAACGCAACAGUUUUUUAUGGCAAAGUAUGUUUCCCCAACGUUAAAAACGUCAUUAGCUUAAUAAUCCUUAUGUGUAAUUGAUUAAAUUUUAAUUAAAUUUUCAAUCUAUAGCGCUUCGUCCACGUCAACAUGAUCACCAGAACAUCUCCCAUUUCAUAUUAUGUGGUAUAUUUUCUUACCAUAGAACCUUUCCCUUGAAUCCACAUAAGUUCUAUAGGGUUUAGUUAGCAUAUUUCCUUUGUUUUGCCACUUCGUCAAUAACGUAUUGUACAAAGUAACAUUUGUGUACAUUCACAAUUGCUAUUUUUUUUUUUCAUUAUGUCAUCUUAGAAAAUUUCUUCUCAGAAAUCUACUGAAUUAUUUGUGUUUUUUUUUUCAAGCAGUUGUGGACGAGUUUCCAGAUCUUGAAUGGUACGGAGUCUGCUGUAAUUAACUCUAUAAUUUGCUCAAAGUAUUCCUAAAAAAUCAGCACUCACAUCUGUGUGUCAAACACGAAUUUCUGUUAAGCCUUUACUCAAGCAACUUGAUAUAAAAAAAAAACAAGACGAACCAUUUACUAUUUGCCACAUAAUAGGGAACUUGCACAUUUUUUUAUUACAUAAUAAUGUUCAGUUUUGUAUAAAAAUGAGAUUUCCAAAAUUUCACGCUUCAAAAACUCAUAGUAACUUAGAAGUACAAAUUUAAAGUCUUCUUUAUCUUAAAAUGGUUCAAACGACCCGUGACGUCACAGAGUUUAACUAAGGUUUAACUAUGUGGUUCAGUUUAUGGUUAUAUUUACGUAUAUUCUUCUUCUUUAGUUUAUUGGCCUCCACCUACUUAUGUAUUUGGCCAGCUCGUCGUCGGGGAAAAAAGGAAAAAUAUUUAUAUUCUAAUGACAUUUAUCGUACGUCGUUGUAAUAAUAUAUACCAGUUUGUUGAGACUGGAGUUUGAUACAGUUUUUGAAGGAAAGGAAAGAAGGUUUACUAUUGAAAAUAAAACCAUUUUGUAAAAGUACAAAUUUUCUAUGAAUAGCUCAAACGAUCAAAAACACUUUUAACGUCACAUAACUGUAUUUUUUACUGACGUUUAUAAUGUCUAAUUUAAAAUUAUAUAUACAAUUGGUGUAGAAUGUAAACAUACAACCCGUGACGUCACGACGCGUUUUGGGGUGGCUGGUAUAAGUUGAAUUUUUAGUAGUCUUUAGGGGCCAAACGAAAGACAAACAAAACUUUUUUAUCUUUGAUACAGGUUCUAAAUUAUGUUCUGUUGUGAUUUAUACCAUUUUUUUCGAAUUUAAAAUUGUAUGCAAGUUCCCUAUUAGAAAUGAACAACAGAUUUAGAUAGGGUUAAAAUUAUCUUGAACACAUUGAGCUAAACUGCAUAUCAAAGCAAAGGAAUAUUCCAAAUCAACAAAUGUUUUUUGUAGUAAUUAAAUUUUAGUUGUUUUCAAAUUUUGGAUUAGAAAAUGAAAGUGAUUUUCAGAAUUUUUGUUUAGAUUUACCAAUUAUGUACAUGCAAUGUUAAAUAAUGCAGUUUCCCUAUUGCGUUUGUUCCCCACAUUCCGAACUUUGUGUUUUACUUAUUGUUUUAAGUAUAUCUAUAUUUGCAGCGGACACACCUUUUCAAAUUAUGAAAGAAAUACAUAUUUUACUUUUAUCUGAUUUUAAUCAAAAUAUAUUUUCAUGUUCCUUGUUAUGUCCCACUGGAUGACAUUUAUGAAUAGUUCAUUUAAUUCUGUAUAAAAAUACUUCUAGUUGGCAAUCAUCAUGGAAAGAGUUUAUCAUUUUUCUCGAUCUGCAGCAGUUCUUUACUGUUGUUUUCACUCCAUUGCUUUAAAUUAUUCAACCAGGACAUGCUUCGUCUCCCCGUAGUCUUUUCCUUCCACCUUCUCUUCUUAUUCCUAAACGAUCAUAAAACGGCAUCUCAUGUUUUUAAUGACACAAAUGUUAUCGAUCUCAAAACUUACCUACCUACUCUUCAGUCGUAGUGUAGACUUUGAAUGGAGUCAGUUUUAAAAAGAAAAUGCAAAAGUACUCCAACUAUGUACUACAUUUUGACUACUAGUCAAAAACCAGAGUAAUAAUUUUUGUGUUAAAAACUCUUUCCUCAAAGCAUGAACAUGUUUACCUGUGAAUAUUGUUAACUGCACAACGGAAUUCAUAAGUCCUAUGAUCUCCUGUACGUUAUUGUUGCUCAUAAAAACAUGUUCUCUGUAUGUCCCAUAUGUUAUGUCUUAUACAAUAUGUUCAGUUUUCGAUUAGAUAUAAGCGACUGUAAGAAGUGCUAAAUUCGGCAACAUUGGUUAAUCCACUAUCGUUGUUUAAUCGCCGAAUGACGGCGAAAGACGUGUGCGCUUUGUUGCCAUUUAUAGACCGUAUAUCUAAUAUGAAACUAAACAUGCUGUAUGUACACCACUUCCGAGUUCCGAGGCAGAAUGAAUUAAAACUAUGAUGUUAACAACAUUAGAUUGUUUUAAAUUUAAACUUACCAUUAAUUACGUUACAAAUACAACUAGUUCAUAAAAGUUGUCCAGAGAGGAACCAGUGUUAAAAGUACUAUUAUCUAGCUAUUUAUACUAUUUAUUGUUGUAACAUAUCCUGUGUGUAUAUACAAUCGACAUUUUUAACUUAUCGCCUAUCAUGAAAUUGAUUUUUAAAACUUGGAGUUUUUUCACUGAUAUAAUAUAUUCAAAAUGGUUUAAGCUGAAAUUAGAUGUGUGCUUGACUAUUUUAUGACGAUUAAUAUACUUAAUCUAGUAAAAUCUACUUUAAUAUGGUGCUCUUGAUGAUAUACUUAUGAUGUACUCUGUAUUUUACCUGGUUUAUUGCAAACUUAAAAAUACCCGUGAUUUUUUUUGGUUUUCCAUAGAUUAUUCGUAUAAAGCUUAAAUGUGGCAACAAAGCACAAGUACUAUUUGUAUAACUUAUUCUUCCUUGCAAUAUGAAUUAAUUUAACAAUUUUACGAUGACAGUCGUCAGUAAGAUAUCUAAAAUAAGCUUAUUUCUGACUUAUAAUUAAAAGUAGAUUUUAGUAAAUCUAAUAAAUAUUACUCAGGUUUAAAUCAUUUUGAAAGGAAAAUUCUUCGACUUUGAUCUAAUAAAUGUUAACUUUGUAAAUGAUAUUUAAAAAAUAAUGUAGACACAUUUUAAAAAAAUGUCUGGCGUACAAAGUAUACAAAUAUAUUAUUUUUGUAUCAGCAA